AUGUUUUUUGUCUCUCGAAAACCUAGGCCACCUGAGAACUACGGCUCAUUUUUCGACAUCGAUACUGCCCUUCGGGGACCAGAGGAGACAGUCGCCGUGCAGGCGCUCUUCUCGGACCAGGAGAUUCUUCACGACACGAUCGCCUCCUUUGGCUUGGCGCGCAAGAACAAACACACCGAAGCGGUCACAGUGAAGGCGCACGCAGAUCUCCUCAAGCGAUUGCUGGAAUGGCACCAUACCAUCGCAGAUUCCGAAAUCAGAGGAGGGUUUAGUCAAUUUCACACUGCUGGUGGAUCUCUUUCUCUCUUCGAUGCCAGAGUACGGCAAGAUGAUGGUCGGGACAAGACGUAUCGGCAAACCAUACACUUUGCUCAAUUCGUCAAUUGGUCAAGCCAAAACAAACAGCUCUUCGGCAAAGACGACGAAGGCAGAGUUGGACCUGCAGAAGGAAUCAUCAAGCCAGAUGGGGGCAUUUCUGCUAGUGUUGUCUGCAAAUUUGAUCAUAUCGACGACAAGCCUACCCUCGUCGACAGCGAGUCUGUCAUGGAGCCAAACGAGUCCUUGACGUCCCUUGACAGCGUGACAGUUGGUCUCCGUUCCCAGUACGAGCUGGAAAGCAACGAGGUGCUCUACCACAUUGUCUGCAUUGUGAUAGAAAUAAAGCCCCCAAUCGUUCCCGAAUUGACCCUUAUCGGCCAGACCUCAUGCUAUGCUGGAGGCUACCAUGAUGUCUGUGGAACCAGCUACGGUUACGCAGGUCGUGGCCCGAAGGCGUAUCGCCUUUUGGUCUUGGACAACGCCAUCGUCUUCGAGGGCGAAGGUACGUCUGAUGACGGAGUAGAGGUUGUUGGGGACUUCGACACUCUAGAAAAAAGGUUGAAAAAAGGUAGUGUCACGGUUGGAAGGUCCCUCCUUGGCAACAAUAGCGAAGGCGAAGACGGUCUGGGCGACAAAGAUGGGCUGGACGGCGAAUUGGUCAAAGACGUUAGAAAGCUGUUUGUCGCUGCAAUCGACCAGCUCAAGAAAAUUCCUCGCAAUGGCCGCCCUUUGAGGCGGCUUCCCAGCCCCACGGGACCGACAUGGACAACCUUGAGGGACAAGGUGAAGGAUUUCGAGUUCAAAAAUGCCGUGACUCAGCCCGAACGGUUCUUCGAAGCGGCGCGUAUGUCAAAAAAGAAGGUGGCUGAACUUGAAGAGUUGCGCAAACGCAAGGGAGAUUCUGCGUCUGCGGAGAAUGCUGAAAGUGGGCCGAGGGCAGAGGACUCUGAUUUCGAAGUUCCUCCAGAGGGAGCCGAGUCGACCGAAGUGAAUGCGGAUGCGCAGCCAAGGACCAACAUCGAUUCCAAAAGGCCGAAACAAAACAAAAAGAAGACCAAGCGGCAAUCUGUCAACGACCCCCCUCCGAAAGACCGGCGCAAUCGUUCGCCUUCCCCUGGCGGCGGUGGGCAGGGCCCCACCAAGGGCAGCUCCACAAGAAACCCGGCCACUCGGGCCGGUCCGUCUGCUACAACCUCGAGUGCUACAAAGCAAGGCGGUCAGCGCGGGCGCCGGAGCGGGCGCGGGGCCAAGUCAGCGGGUAGGACCGUUGGGCAUAGGGCUGGCAACGUCAGGGAGAGCAAUGACAAUACAACGAAUGUUCUGAAAGGGAAAGACAGUCUCGAGAGCGGCUCUUGCAAAGAGGAAGUCCGAACACCUAACGGUACUUAUGGCGAGUAUGAUGUCGCAAGUACAGAUUAUGAUCCCCUGACCGCUUCCAAUCUCAAAAACAUCGGUUCCUACAUGCCUGAAUUGAACGCAAGCGAGAAAGUCCGAUCACUCCAUGAGUCGAUGCUCAUGGACCCUGUAAUGAACGGUGGUCAAGCACAUCAUAAUGCCCUUACCGAGCUUCGAAACAUCGAGGAGGAAGUGCCGAAACAGACUGCAAGUGGCAUCAUGGAAGACGACAUUAUCGACGAGGAAGACAAUGGCAGUUUCGACCGUGCGCCCUCAGCGGUCUAUGAUGAUCCCUGCCAAGAGUACGUGCUUGGUGAUGCUGAGAAACGCCGAGCGUUCAAUACAAAGAUACAAUUACUCGCCGCUCGUUCUGUUCUCAGGCAAGCAAAUACUAUCUUUGUCAUUGCUAGCAAAGAGAUCUUCAACAGGUGCCUUGACGAAGCCAUCAAGUUUGUUCACUUGGCAGUGCAGCUUUCAAAUAAGGCUUUCAGGCUCGAAGUUCAGAAAGCAGAAUGGUUAGGAAAGUUUGUCCAGAAGAACAACGGAAAUGACUUCCCCAAGAACUCUCAGAAAAGGACAUGCCGACACGGAUGUGCUAGAAGGGGAGAGUAUAACGUUUGA